AUGGACGCGUCGCAAACCGCGUCUUUCAUGGAGGAACAUCACAGUUCCCUGCGCGAGUUCAAUUUCCAGAAUGUGGUGCUUCGCAGCCGUAAUUGGGACGACACGCUCGCGCCAUUGACACAACUCACCCACACCAUGGAUGUGCCAAUAGUAUUGAGUCCAGCGGGAGUCAGCCAAAAGCAGUUAAAGAAGGCGACUUGCGAUUUGCAGCAACAAAAGGACAGAGGACGCUACGAAGCUUGGCCAAAGCGCGAUUUCGGACACACGAGCUGCUGUGGGAGAGCCUAG